UGAAUACAUGGCUCGAAUGAGACCUUGUGCUGUUUUUAAUAUGCGAUACGCGAGCAGUAAGAUGUAUAGAUUUUAACAUUCUGUCCGCGUAUGCCUUUGUAUAACGAUGGGGAACAAAAGACGAUCAAUGGACUGCACUUGGUUUGUUUUUUUUGUGCAUGUACUGCUGUUUGUCGGAAAUCAAGCUUUGGCUGAAUUGAGGUAUUCUAUUCCAGAAGAGGUUAAAGAAGGGACUGUUGUUGGGAAUGUUGCCAAGGAUCUCGGUUUGGAUAAAACCUCUUUGAUUGAACGAAGAUUCCGUGUUGUGUCUGGAGCUAAAGGGACGUAUUUUGAGGUAAAUCAGGACAGCGGCGUCUUGGAAGUUCAUAGGAAAAUCGACAGAGAGGAGCUGUGUCAGGGUAGAGGUCCAUGUUUAAUGGAACUGAAAAUCCUUGUUGAAAAUCCGCUCGAAAUGCAUCACGUCGUUGUAGAAAUUACUGAUGUAAACGAUCAUUCUCCAGUUUUCGCUGAAAAAGAGCAGAUAUUUGAAAUAGGUGAGCAAUCUUUUCCGGGAACGCGAUUCCAGCUGCCCACGGCCAGUGAUCCUGAUGCUGGAAUAAACUCCAUCCGCACAUAUACAUUAUCUUCAAACGACCACUUUGAAAUAGAUAUUAGUCAAAGUGACGAAGAUAAAAUACCUUUUUUGGUGUUGAAAAAGCCGCUAGACAGAGAACAAAAGAACAAACACUCGCUACUGGUUACAGCACUUGAUGGAGGUAAACCUCCAAAAUCAGGGACAUUAAAUGUUUCUAUUAUUGUUCUAGAUAUAAAUGAUAAUGGGCCAGUGUUUAGUCAUGAUCCUUACCAAAUAGAAAUAUAUGAAAACAUCUCCGUUGGUGCUACUGUUAUACGAGUUAACGCUGUAGAUCCAGAUGAAGGUAAUAAUGGAGAAAUAGAGUACAGCCUUGGAAAAACAUUAGCCAGAAAAAUCUAUGACUUAUUUGAACUGGAUAGUUUAAGUGGAAUAAUUAGAGUGAAAGCAGCCUUGGAUUUUGAGGAAUCUGAGAUUUAUAAACUCGAUGUUCACGCAUCAGACAAAGGAACGCCCCCAUUAACAGGUAGAUGUAAAGUUAUUGUAAAGAUAAAAGACGUUAAUGACAAUCCACCAGGAAUAGAAAUCACAUCACUGUCGAACUCAGUGUCUGAAGAUGCGAAGCCUGGUACAGUUAUUUCACUGAUUAGUGUAAAAGACAAGGACUCCGGUGUAAAUGGAAAGAUUAUUUCAAGCAUAAUCUCAGACGUUCCUUUUGAGUUAAAGCCCUCCUAUAAACAAAACACAUAUUCAGUCGUCACCAAAGGGUUUUUGGAUCGAGAGGAGGUGUCACAGUAUGACAUAACAAUAAAAGCCACCGAUUGUGGUGACCCUCCGUUAUCAACUCUGAAAACUCUAAGUGUUCAGAUACUGGAUGUAAAUGACAACAGUCCACACUUUCAACAAAAUCCUCUGCAGUUUUAUAUUAUAGAAAACAACGUUGCCGGAUCGUCAAUUUUCUCCGUAACCGCAACAGACAAUGACAAGAAUGAAAACGCAGAAUUAUCCUAUAGUAUUGCCAGAGCAGGAAAUGAAAAAGACGUAACAUCUUUCUUAAACGUGAACGCCCAAAAUGGACACAUCACAGCACUAAAAAGUUUCGACUUUGAAACUGUGAAAACGUUCCAGUUCCAAGUUGUCGCCACAGAUUCUGGAACUCCGUCACUGAGUAACAACGUGACAGUCAACGUGUUCAUUCUGGAUCAGAACGACAACGCUCCAGUCAUUCUGUAUCCACUCAGCUCCAACGGUUCUGCUGAAGGUGUGGAGGAGAUUCCACGGAAUGUCCACGCAGGACACUUGGUGACUAAAGUCCGAGCCUAUGAUGCUGAUAUAGGAUAUAACGGCUGGUUACUGUUUUCACUGCAGGAAGUUACUGACCACAGUCUGUUUGGUUUGGACCGCUACACAGGACAGAUCAGAACACUUCGCUCAUUCACAGAAACAGACGAGGCUGAGCACAAACUGGUCAUACUGGUCAAAGACAAUGGGAACGUUUCACUGUCAGCAACAGCUACUGUGGUUGUCAAAGUUGUGGAGCCAAAGGAGGCUUUUGCAGCUUCUGAUGUGAAAAGUGCAUCAAAGGAUGAUGACAGUAAUGUGACUUUUUAUCUGAUGAUAACUUUGGGCUCAGUUUCAGCACUUUUUAUCAUCAGCAUCAUCGUUCUAAUUGCAAUGCAGUGCUCCAAGUCCACAGACUAUACAUCUAAAUAUUUAGAGGAUAAGAACUACGACGGGACACUGUGUCACAGUAUCCAGUACAGAUCUGGAGACAAACGGUACAUGUUGGUUGGACCUAGAAUGAGUAUUGGAUCUACUAUAGUCCCUGGAAGUAAUGCAAAUACUCUGGUUCUACCUGACAGGAGAAAAGCAUCUGGAGAGGUAAGACUGCAUUUAUGUAGAUAA